AUGGCUUCACUUACCUCCCCGUCCAACUGUCCCAGCUGUGUUGAUCUUCAUAAGAAAGUCCAGGAAUUGGAGCAAAGAAUAUCCACUCUCCAUAAAAUCCAAGAGGCCAAACAGUUCCUGGACAAAGUCCUUCUCGGCUGUGCACCAGCCACCACCAGCGUGGAUGAGAUGGAUGACACGGCUCCCUACGGUACCCCUUCUCUGGCCAAAGCGUCUUCACCGCUUGCUAGUGCUACAGCCCCCACUGCUUUUCCUGAUCCUGGUGCAGCUCCAUUUGGGUAUAGCUGGCUGUGACUUGGAGCUAAACCCAAAAACCAAAUGAGCUCCACUCCAGUACACAGGGAGUCGUGGACUGUUGUGGUUGUCUCCACUAUACCCUGCGUCCUGCGCGCAGCAGUUAGGCAGAGGGUACCGAGUCGGAUCUCCCUCUGGCUAACAGAUUUGACAUCCUGAGCAUACAGGACUUUCCUCCACUUGGAGAGUCUGCUUCUCAGGCUGCCAUUGAAGCUGCUAAAUCUUCAUCUUCCGCACACUUAAGGUUGUUAAAGGAGGCCGUGAUGAGGAGAAGAUUGCGCAGGGUCCUCCACCCGGAGGCAUCGGGGCACCCCUCCACGCCAUCUCAGCCCCGGGAAUCUGCUGUCUUUUAA